AUGGAAAGCCAGGAAUUUAUUGUACUGUAUACUCAUCAAAAGAUGAAGAAGUCAAAAGUGUGGCAAGAUGGAAUUCUGAAGAUCACUCACUUAGGAAACAAAGCAAUUUUAUAUGAUGACAAAGGAGAAUGUUUGGAGAGUAUAUUUCUGAAGUGCCUGGAGGUGAAGCCUGGAGAUGACUUAGAAAGUGAUCGAUACUUAAUCACAGUUGAGGAGGUUAAAGUUGCUGGGAGCAUAGCUAUUAAACAGGAUGUCAUUAAAGAAGCACCGGAGUUAAAUCCAAGGAGAUUUAUAUCCUCUGACCGGUCCCUUGGAUGUCAGCCUGCUGGUUUAAAAAGGAAGUUUACUGGUUUUCGAGGACCACGUCAAGUGCCAAAGAAAAUGAUUAUUACAGAAAAUGGUGAAUCAGCUGCAUCACUUGAGGCUAAGAAACCUGGUCCUAUUUUUCUCUCUCCCUUCUACAGCACACCUCCUUUGUUUUCUACUGCUGGUAAGAAAGAUAUAAAUAAUAUGCCAACAGACCCUGAGAAGAGUAUCACUUACAAGAACAGAGAGACAAAUGGCUUACAUUUUUCUUCUAUUGUCUCUACUCCAUCCUUCAAGAAUAACCCAGAAAUGCUAUGUGAAGAAAAUUAUUUUUGCUCUCCUGUCUAUUCUGUAAAUAAGCAUUCAGAUUCUGUACUGACCAAUGAGGCCAUAAAAAAAGAUGGUUUGACAUCUCACUGUUUAGGAGUUUCACAAAACAUCAGAAGCAAAGCACAGAUAUUAGCUCUUCUGAAGUCCAAAUCAACUGGUGUGUGUAAAGAACUAAAUUCUGGGAUUGCAGAACAUCUCCCUCAGAUACAACUACAAGGAAAUGAAAACAUUCCUACUAAACCAAAGUGCAUAACUGAACAAGAAGAGUGUGCUGAGGUGAAGAAGAGCACAGACAGUUUACACCACCAGCAUCAAUCAGAAAAUAUCAUGAGAAAUAAAAGCCGAUGGGCCAUGUAUUUAUCCUCACAGAGUUCACCUGUACAUUCUUCUACUGAAGAUGGAAAUAAUAUAGAAAGGAAACCCAAGGUCCAGGGAGAUAAUACAAAUUUAAAUUUGAAAGACCUUUUGGUACAAGAAAGGAAACAGUUCUUUGAAACAUGUGCUGAAAAGGGUAAAAAGUAUAAUGAAGACAAGCCAGUAGAUGAUAAUGAUCAAUCUUUGGAUCAGGAAGUAAAAUUAGAAAUUCCCUCAUUCUGUAAAAGCAACAGCUUACCAGUUACCUGUAGUAGUGUGGAAUGUGAUGGCUUAUUAUCAGAAUCUGACAUUCAAAAAAAUAAUAAAAUAUCUGUUAGACAGAAUGACCAGAUGUGUCUAAAAGGAUCAAUUCUCAUUAGAGAAAAUGCUCAGGAGAUAAAUCUAUGUGGAACACCAGAAAAAAAAUAUAAACAGCUGAUGUCAGUCCUGCCAGAAUCUGAACAUCUGCGAACGGAGUCUUCUAUAAGCAACAAUUCUAGGCUCUCUGAUGACUUUACCAACAUGCUUUUUAAAAGUAAUACUGAUAAUGGAAGUCUUAAUAGUAUUCCUGAACCUAUGAGUAAUGUAAUACAGCCACUUGUGGAGGUGACUUUUAAUCUGAACAAUUUUGAAACCAGCGACACUGAGGAGGAAUCACAGGAAGACAACAAAAUUUCCCAGGAUUCAGAGGGUUGGGUAGAAGAAGCUUUGGUUAAUGACAGCAGUUCAGGUGUUCAGAAGAGAUGUGAAGAUAUAAGCUGUAAGAAAGUUGGCAGUGAACAUUUGUCUCUUUUAACAUCUAUCAGGGAUAAACCUACAGAGACAUUUCCUAUUAAAGAGACUCUGCUAUCACAGUUUUGUGAUAAAGCUUGUGUAGGUGUUGACACAGGACCUUGGAAAGCUGGAAACAUUAGAAAAGAAAUAGAAGAGUGUAGUGACACAUUAAGCAGUUUUGACUCAUCUUUAGAGGGAACUGAUAAUGUAUUUAUAGAUAAUAAUGAAAAUGCUAAUAAAUCUAUUCAAAAAGUCAGAAUUAACUAUGAUAUUGCUUCACUACUGAAUAAAUCUAAAGGUAUAAGCUUGAAUUUACAUACUCCUUGUAUAAACAUAGCCACUAAUCAGACUCCUGAAAAUAGCCUAUUCUCAGAACAGACUGAGCCUCAGACUUUUAUUAUGGGAAGUAACUUAGACAAAAAUGAUGAACAGGUUUUACUGUCAACUUCAAGCAGCAACAUCAGUAUCCAAGAAUUAAAUAUUAAUCAUAAUCACUCUGAGGAAUGUAUUGCUCUUGAUAAAUCAAAUAUCCAAGUUUCCAAUUCUUUGUACCCUCUGGAAAAAAAGCAUCCUAUUUCCAAAGACACAGAAGCAUAUAUUCCUGAAUCUGAAGAUUUGCGAAGCAUUAGAAGUUUAGACCAUGACCAUAUUGAAGUAGAAACUAAUGGAGAAAGCAAACAAUAUUGGAAUAGUCCUAGAAAUCCUUUGGAACUCUCUGGAUUAGUAAAUAACAUUUCCCUUUUAAAGUCAUUGUCUGAACACAGUACGGCUUUAGAAGGCUUGGAAGUAUUGAAAAAGAAAUAUGCUACCUUUAAACAACAAGGAACUCUGUGGACUUAUGAGCCAGAUAGCAAUCCUGAAGAAAAAGAAGUUGAAGCAAGUGAACCACUUCAGUCUUUGCAGCCUGUUGAGUUUCAAGGACACCAAGUGAAAGGAUCAGCUACUAGUGCUGUGAUGGUCAGAGGACACAGCUCACAGCUAGAAUGUGGUCAGUUUCCAGAUAGUAUUGAAUAUGAAAACCGCACGACAGACACUUGUUUAUUGACACCAAAAUUGACUAGCGCUUGUAUGCAGAUUGAUUUCUUGCAGGUGACAUCACCAGAACAAAAGAACUCUACAUUAAACCCUGUUUCUACUUUUUCUUUGAACUCAAGAGAUGAAGACUUUGUGCUAGAAUUCUCUGAGGAGUCCCUGAAAGAAAGAACUUUACCUGGUGACCUUCACUUCCUCAACUUAGAAUUUAUCAAAAAAUCCAGUUCUCUGGAGAAUAAGAACUUUCAAAGGCUUCCAAUAAUAAGUAGAACCCGAGUUCCACUCAUUACCUUGCCACCUGCUGAAAGGUCACCUGAUUUAGAUGCUUGUUCAUACGUGAUCAACUGUGACAGGCAAGAAUCUUCUGGUUCCCCCCACAUACUCAAUUUGUGUGAAGAAUCAGGAGUUCUUUCUUUUAGCUGUGGGCUUGAGGACCAAAGUGAAACUUCCUUCUGUAAAGAAUCUAGAGAAAUGACUCCAAGGGACGUUUUACUUCUCAAUAAUGUAUCUACUCAAAGCAAGUGGCUGAAAUAUCAGAACAUACCCCAGUGCAAUUUGACUACUUCAAACAGAGUCGAUAAGAAAGUAACAGAUGGCUUCUCUGCUGAGGUUAUAUCUGGGACACAUUUUAGUGACACAGGUGAAAGACAGAAUGUUGCUGUGAAUAAAAGCUCUUUAGACUCUAUGCAUUUGCAAAUGUUAAAAGGCAUGCUCCAUCAACAGCAGCAGGAUUUUAGCAGUCAAGAUUUGGUUCCCAGAAAGAAAGCACUCUCUUUGAGUAUAAAGCAGACUUCCAAGACUGAAAAACUUCAAAACAUGUUAAGAGAGUCUGCCUGCUAUAUCUACAGUGUAACAGGAAAUUUACAGGAGAUAAAUGGCUCUGAGCUAUGCUUCCCAAGUGGGCAGAAAAUAAAAUCUGCUUGUCUUCCCCAAAGGCAGAUUCAUAUACCAGCUGUUUUUCAGUCUCCUGCUCAUUAUAAGCAGAUUUUUACAUCUUGUCUCAUAGAACAUCUAAAUAUAUUGCUGUUUGGGUUGGCACAGAGGUUGCACAAAGCUCUUUCAAAAGUUGACAUAUCAUUUUACACAUCAUUAAAGGGAGAGAAACUGAAAAAUGUAGAAAGUAAUGUGCCAUCCUGCCAUCAUCAUCAACCUGCAAAACUUGUCAUGGUUAAAAAGGAAGGUCCAAAUAAGGGUCGUCUCUUUUAUACCUGUGAUGGACCCAAAGUUGACCGAUGUAAAUUUUUCAAGUGGCUUGAAGAAAUGACCCCAGAAUAUUUAACACAAGAAGACUGUCUACCUAGCAUGGUUUUAAGUGAUAUAAAGAGUAUUGGCUUAUACUUAAGAAGUCAAAAGAUUCCGCUCUUUGAGGAAUGCCAACUUUUGGUGAGAAAAGGAAUUGAUUUUCAAAGAAAGCAGUAUGGCAAACUAAAGAAGUUUACUACUAUAAAUCCUGAAUUUUAUACUGAACCUAAAAGCAAACUUUAUCUUAAGCUGAGUCGGAAGGAAAGUUCUUCAACAUACAGCAAAAAUGAUCUUUGGGUGGUUUCAAAAACCCUGGACUUUGAAUUGGAUACUUUUAUUGCAUGUAGUGCUUUCUUUGGACCAUCAUCUAUCAAUGAGGUGGAGCUACUACCUUUGAAAGGUUAUUUCCCCUCUAACUGGCCCACUAACGUAGUGGUCCAUGCAUUGUUGGUUUGUAAUGCUAGCACAGAGCUGACCACUUUGAAAAACAUUCAGGACAACUUUAAUCCAGCUACUCUACCUCUAACACAGUACUUGUUAACAAUGUCUUCAUCAACUAUAGUUAGCAACAAGAGAGUCAAUAAGAGAAGAUUUAUCCCACCAGCCUUCUCAAAUAUCAACACAAAAUUUGAACUUCUCAGCCUAGAAGCAACAUUGCGGUUAGCUAGUGAAUUAAUUCAGGCACACAAGUUAAAUAAGGAUCAAGCUACAGCUUUAAUUCAGAUAGCUCAAAUGAUGGCAUCCCAUGGAAAUGUUGAAGAAGUGAAGGAACUGCAAAUCCAUACCCUCCCUAUCACGAUCAUACAUGGUGUUUUUGGAUCAGGAAAGAGUUAUUUGCUGGCAGUGGUGAUUUUGUUUUUUGUACAGCUAUUUGAAAAGAGUGAAGUUCCUACAGUUGGAAAUGCAAGACCAUGGAAACUUCUCAUUUCUUCUUCCACUAAUGUAGCUGUGGACAGAGUACUUCUUGGUUUGCAUGCCUCAGAAAAUGAAAAUGAACAACUGAAAGAACUACAUGCACUAAUGAAAGAAGACUUGACUCCUCUGGAAAGGGUCUAUGUCAGAAAAAGUAUUGAACAGCAUAAACUGGGGACCAAUAAAACCCUGCUGAAGCAGGUGCGAGUAGUUGGAGUUACCUGUGCAGCCUGCCCAUUCCCAUGCAUGAAUGAUCUUAAAUUUCCUGUAGUAGUGCUGGAUGAGUGUAGUCAAAUAACUGAACCGGCCUCUCUCCUUCCUAUUGCAAGGUUUGAGUGUGAAAAGCUGAUUCUUGUUGGAGAUCCCAAACAGCUUCCUCCUACUAUUCAGGGUUCUGAUGCAGCUCAUGAAAAUGGAUUGGAACAAACUCUUUUUGAUCGGCUUUGCUUAAUGGGGCAUAAGCCAGUUCUGUUGAGAACCCAAUACCGUUGUCACCCUGCAAUCAGUGCUAUCUCUAAUGAUCUGUUUUAUGAAGGAAACCUCAUGAAUGGCAUUUCAGAAACAGAGAGGAGCCCUUUAUUGGAAUGGCUCCCAACCCUGUGUUUCUAUAACGUUAAAGGACUGGAACAGAUUGAAAGAGAUAACAGCUUUCAUAAUGUGGCAGAAGCUGCUUUUACACUCAAGCUGAUUCAAUCACUGAUUGCAAGUGGAAUAGCGGGCUCUAUGAUUGGGGUGAUAACAUUAUACAAAUCCCAGAUGUACAAGCUUUGUCAUUUACUCAGUGCCGUGGACUUUGACCAUCCUGAUAUUAAAGCUGUGCAUGUAUCCACAGUAGAUGCUUUUCAGGGAGCUGAAAAGGAGAUCAUUAUUCUGUCCUGUGUAAGAACAAGACAAGUAGGAUUUAUUGAUUCAGAAAAAAGAAUGAAUGUUGCAUUGACCAGAGGAAGGAGGCAUUUAUUGAUCGUGGGAAAUUUAUCCUGUUUGCGGAAAAAUCGACUCUGGGGACGUGUGAUCCAACACUGUGAAGGAAGGGAAGAUGGAUUACAACAUGCAAGCCAGUAUGAACCACAGCUGAACCAUCUUCUUAAAGAUUAUUUUGAAAAACAAGCAGAGGAAAAACAGAAGAAAAAGAAUGAAAAGGAUAAAUCUAAAGAUAAAUCUCAUUCACAAAAAGACGUGGUAUAG